AUGGGAAGAGCUUCGAGAAUCCUCCGGACAGGCGCAGACGCCACGAGUGAUCCGAAGCGUCCGAGACGGCAGGGCUCCUCGCUUCACGGCCUGGCGCUCGGCCAACUGGGCGGAUGCUGCUGCUACUUCGAUGGCCGGAUUGAAGCCCUGGAAGUGGCAGCCAUACGCUUGUGCCCUGAAGGCUCCAAACUACGGUGGGAGUUAUUCGAACCUGACGGCAACGCUGAGAAGCUGCCGAAGGGCCUGGCGCCCUUCUCUUCCCCCAUGCACGCGGCGGCUGACUUCAUCUCAGCAGGCUGCGCUUUAGCUUUUACAGGCGCUGGCAUCUCCAAGGAGAGUGGCGUGCCCACCUAUCGAGAUGGAGACGGCCUUUGGAAACGCUACGAUGCCAUGGAGGCCUCACAAAUCUCCAGGACGGUCUGGAAACCCUUGGGAAACCCACCAAAUGUCAUGGAGUUUCCAGGCAUCGAGGCGGUGGGCGAGGAACAGCUCCGAAGAUCGCGCGCGAUCUUGAGGGAAGCGCUUUAUUUGGCCCUUAGCAGACUAGCUAGCGAAGCCAGUUUCUACGUGCAACUUCGCUGGGAGGAACUCUACUCGCACUUGUUGCUACGCUCUUCAUGCUUCUUGGUGGCUCUGUUCGUGGUGCAUCAGCAGAAGAAUUCUCUGAGCAGGUGA